AGUAUGUCUUAAAACGGUUGGGAAAUUAAAUUCCGUGUCUUGUGGGGAUUCUCAAGACCAACCGAUUUUAGAAACAAGUGAGGUAGUGAGAAGUCACGAACAGCUUUAUCAGAAAUCAGUAAAGUAUAUAUACCACAUCGUGGUGUAGUGGAUAUCGGGGUGUAGUAUAAACUGCUUUCAGCGUGGUUACUGCCUUUCAUUGCAUCAGCAACAACGUGCUGGAGAAACCCAGGGCGCAGAAUGACUGCUGUAUUUUGAGCUGAAGUUGAAAGGUUCACUUCUGGAAGAGCUGAUUCUUUAAUAUUUUUUGCGCAAAACACUCAGGUUUGGAAACAUACAGAAGAGGAAUCUGCACUAUGGAUGAAGGAGAGCUGGUGGAGUAUUUCAGGACGCAGAUGAGUCAAGAUCCAGAUGUGGCCUCUGCAGUGGCAGCUAUCCGCUCUCUCCUGGAGUUCCUGAAGAGGGAUCAGAGUGAGACCAUCUUGGGCCUAAGAGAGAACUUGACCAAAGCCAUUGGCAGGCUGCAGGAGGCCGAUUCCUCUGUGGCCGUGUCGUCAGGAGGAGAACUCUUCCUCCGGUUCAUCAGCCUCACAUCUCUGGAGCAUCCAGAUCUCUCCCAGUGCAAGAACGUGAUGGUGGACAGAGGAGAACUUUUUCUGAAGAAGAUUUCCUUGUUCCGAGGCAAAGUGGCCAAACUUUGCCACACGUUUAUUAAAGACGGGGCUAAAAUCCUCACACACUCCUUGUCCAGGGUUGUGCUGAAAGUUCUGGAAAGCGCAGCGGCUGACAAGAAACGUUUUACCGUCUAUGUCACAGAAUCACAGCCUGAUUCUUCUGGUCAACACAUGGCCGAAAAGCUGCGAAGACUCAAUAUCCCCGUUACAAUAGUGCUCGAUGCUGCAGUCGGAUACAUCAUGGAGAAGGUAGACCUGGUGAUCGUCGGUGCUGAGGGUGUCGUUGAAAGCGGAGGCAUUAUAAACAAGAUCGGCACUUAUCAGAUGGCGGUCUGCUCCAAAGCUCACAACAAGCCGUUUUACGUCGUGGCAGAGAGUUUCAAGUUUGUACGGCUUUACCCGCUCAACCAGCAGGAUGUGCCUGAUCGGUUUAAGUAUAAAGCCGAUACGCUGAAAACCGCAGAGGAUUUUAACCAAGAGCAUCCGAUAAUCGACUACACGCCUCCGUCGCUCAUCACUCUACUUUUCACUGACCUGGGCGUGUUAACUCCAUCGGCGGUCAGCGACGAGCUCAUCAAGCUCUAUUUGUAACGCUCUCGCCCCGAGGGCCACUUUCAGAGACGCACAAUCAAAUCAAGAUCCUCCUGACCUUGAUGCAAAUCCAGCAGCUCCAUCUCUCCUUCCAUCAGAACCAACCGCCAUUAAAACAUCCUGGAUUUGAAUAUUCAUACUAGAUAUGAAGGUGAAAAAAGUUUUGUUUUUUUACUCUGUACAGCAGACAUGUAUUGAAGACAGUGGCAUCCUUCUGGUUCUUGCAUCAAACAAAAUAAAAAAUUGUGAAAUA